GAAAGCGGGAUGUACAUACUUAUAUAUACAUGUCUUGGUAUCCUAUGUGUCAGGAAUCUUUCCUCCACUUUCAGACAGCACCCCUCUAAUCAACCCCACCAUGCCUCUAAUUCUGCCUUGUAGACUGUAACCACCUUCUUCUUCAUUCUUCCUAAGCUUCAAUCCCAACAUCCGAUUUAACUAUUGUCUAUUGGCCUCAAUCCCAAUACCCAAUAGAGGUAAUUCUGUUUUCUAUUUGAUUCAAUCACCCAUAUAAGUAACACCCAUCAUUCAAAUUACAUAGUUCCAUCCUGCAAUCCCAAUACCCAAUCCAGCUAACUCUGUUCUUUAUUUGAUUCAAUCUAAGUAACACCCCUCAUUCAAACUACAGAGUUCCAUCCUGCAAUCCCGAUACCCAAUAUAGCUAACUCUGUUCUUGAUUUGAUUCAAUCCCAAUAUAAGCAACACCCAUCAUUCAAAUGACAAGACUUCCAUCCUGCUAGUAGUAUUAUAUAGGUAACUCUGUUCUUCAUUUGAUUCAGUUCCAAUAUAAGUAACAACCAUCUUUCAAAUGACAAGAGUGCCAUCCUGCUAGUAGUAUACAGGUAACUCUGUUCUUUAUCUGCUCAGUCCCAAUAUAAGUAACAGCCAUCAUUCAAAGACGAGAGUUCCAUCCUGCUAGUUAUAUCUAGGUAACGCUGUUAUUUUCUGACUCAGUCCUUAUAUAAGUAACACCAUUAUUCAAAUUACAGAGUUCCAUUCUGGAAGUAGUAUAUUGUUUGGGCAAAGUGAUGAGUACCCAGCAUUCAAAUUACAGAGUUCUAUCCUGCUAGUAGCAUAUUGCUUGGGCAAAGUGCUGAGCACCCAUCAUUCAAAUUACAGAGUUCUUUCUUGCUAUUAGUAUAUUGCUUGGGCAAAGUGAUGAGCAGGUCCUGUUAGAAGGAGCAGAGUUGUGUUUGCUUGUAGCAUAUUGUUGGCAAAGUGAAAGCUGUGAAUCUGUGUGUCAUAUGGUGCAAAGUUAUAUCAGUGUUGGGUGAAAGCUGUGAAUCUGUGUGUCAUAUGGUACAAUGUUAUAUCAGUGUUGGGUCAAUUUUAUCAUUAUUUGGUUCUGAGUUCUAAUCUUGUGGUUAUGCACUUUAUGUGUUUUGCACCAGCUAGUCCAGUACAAAAUCUUUAACCAGUCAAUGACAGAUUGGUGGAUAAGCAAGUUACAUACUGCAAAGUUUUAGGAUAUCCAUGACCAAUGCUUAUUAAUGGCAUAAUGGUAAAUUGUUAGGUUACAUGGUGCACAAUCUUGUUCUUGUUGAACUGGAGACUGGAAAGCUGCUUUGCCACUUGUGAUGCCCUGAAUUUGAUUUCUAUUGUACUAAUUUGGAGAUUUCAAGAACGUUCAAAUUACAUCUUCACCAACAGCUCAGCCCCAUUCAGCAAUUCAAGGACUGCAGAACUUAGUUCCUGAGGACCCAAUUGACCUAUGGUGUUCUUCAGUCAAGGGGCCACACAGAUGCCCCCAACAGCUCAACUUCGCUCUGCGGAAGCAUUAACAAUGCCAGGGGUUCAAGUGAUUGUUCUGAAUGCUAAUAUGCGCUGCCAAGAAUGCAGAGCCAAAGUCUCUAAAGUGCUCUCCAAAAUGGACAAUUUGUUAGACUAUUGUGUGGAUGUUACUCAGAAGAAGGUGACAGUGAGAGGGAGCGUGGAUCCAAAGAAAAGGAUGAGAAGACUGCUCAAUCAGAAAAGGGAAAAAAACGUCAAAUUUGAGAGGCUCAAUGCAGAAAGAGAUUUGGAGGACCCCAAGCGGAAGAAAGGCAAUUUUUUCUCACAUAAUUUUUUAAAAGGGGCCUGCUGCUUUCACUAGGACCUAGUUUUUUCUUUGAUUAGAUUGGCCCUUUUCUGGUUUGUUUGGAGAACAAAACAAUUUUUUUGUGGGGAUUGGAGUUGGCUUCUCUUUGUAAGGUUUUUAAUUAUAUAUAAAUAUAAAAUGAAAAAAGUUAUGAUAA